AGAGGGAGGAGGGAGUGGAUGAGGUGGGAAAACGUGGGCAGAAGAAACCGUAAAACCAAGAGGAGGAAAAUACACCAUCUACACCAGAGUCAGAUUUCUUUUCCAGCUCCUGGUCCUGGUGUCGUCUUCCCUGGUGGCGGUUUCCGCUUGAUGACUUGGUCACUAAAAUGGCCCAGAGAAACUGUUUAUCUUCCGUAAACUCCACGUUCCCCAAUGCAGGAAAUGAGACCAUUGUGGAUAAUAAAACCACCACCACUAUGGGCGCCCUCAUCCUCAGCCUCGUCUUUCUCUUGGGCUUCCCCGGAAACCUCUUCAUCAUCUGGAGCAUCCUUGCACGAGCCCGAAAGCACUCCGUCACCACCCUCCUCAUCCUCAACCUGGCCAUCGCAGACGGCUCCCUGAUGGCUCUCACCCCGUUCUUCAUCGUCUACCUGGUCAUGAAGAAGUGGGUGUUUGGGAAGGUGAUGUGCAAGAUCCUUUUCUACCUGUGUCUGGCCAACAUGUACGCCUCCAUCCAGCUCAUCAUGCUGAUGAGCGUCUACAGGCUGGUGGCCGUGCUGUGGCCUCAGCGGAUCAGCGUCAUCACCGGCCGGAGGACUGUCAUGCGGGUGCUGGCGGUGGUUUGGGUGCUGGUGAUGGUCGCCUCCAUUCCUGCACUUAUCUUCAGAGAAGCGAGGUGUAAGGGCCCCAUCUCGGUCUGCGAUUCAUUCCACGAUAAAGACAGUGACGUGGUCCUUCAGUACACGCUGGAGCUGGUGUUGGGGUUUUUAAUUCCCUACGGGGUCAUCGUCGUCAGCUACAUUUGCAUCUUGCGGCGGAUCCGACGGACCAAGUUCAACCGUCGCAUUCGCAGCGAGAAGCUCAUCCUGGCCAUCGUGCUGACCUUCUGCCUCUUCUGGCUGCCCUACCACGUCAUCAACAUGGUGCAAGUUACCUGGGCUUUGUAUCCACAUGGUCCAGUAAAAGAUAAAUUAGGUGAUAUAUGGUACAAGAGUCGUGCCGUCACCUCCUCCAUAGCCUUCAUCAGCAGCUGUGCCAACCCGGUGCUCUACUUCUUCGCAGGAAAGUCCUACAUCCGACGAGAAGGGCUGGCAUUCAUGGCUCGCUUGUUCGAGGGAGCGGGAAUCGACUCGGGUACCAGGAAGAGCCGACAGAACAGCCAGAACAGCCGUGACAAAGACAAAGAUGCAGGCAGCGUCAUGCUAAAGGACAAAGAACCGGACUCUGUCACCAACUCGAGCUCUAACGCUAAACCAGUGAAGAACGGUAAGUAGGGGACUCAUGAGGCUUGAAGGUGGUGUUGUGUCUCCGGAACAUUAAACCACUCAGGCCUUUAAAUCUCUCAUUCAUCCAGUCACAAAAGUUUUGACAAGACUUCAUGUACAGCUGGUCCCUUCUCUUCCAAAAAAUAUUCAGCUGCUGCAUGAAUCUUCAAAAUGAGACUGUUCCAAAUGUUAAAAAGGACACAAUGUGUUUGAGGUGAUGCUCAAUACUCACAAUGCUGCAUCACCACAACUGUAAAUAUACGAUAUGGGCCUUGCUCGGCUCUGAACUGUGCUUUAAAGGCAAACUGUGGAAUUUUAUCCAGGAUGUAAUUCGUCACCUCCUCCAAAACUCCUUGUAAUGAAACAUUAAUCCCUCAAAGGAGGCGGUGCACUGUCUUGACUGUACAUGUCUACUGAAUUUUUUUAUUUUUUUAUUUUUUGCAGCAUUUGUUGAUUGUCAUUUUGUUAAUGCAAUGUUUUAUUGGUAAAAAAAAAGAAAAACAACCAAAAAAAACCUGGUCAAAGUUUAGAAAAAUCAAUGUACAGUUACUGUUAGAGAGAUGAGCUGAGCUGACAUGACUUGAAUAAGGUUGAGAUGCUAUUACUAACAAUACUUGCAUUUAAAAUGCACACUGAUGUAAUUCAGGAUUUUUGCUUUGAUACUGCAGAUAUGUUUCAUUGCUGGAUGUACUGAUUGCUUUGGCCACUUCAGGGAAGUAGACAAAUUGUAUGUAAACAUAUUUACAUGUUAAUAUGGUGAAAAUGUUAGCAAACAGUGGUUUAUUUACACAUGCAUUCAUAAGCUCAACAUUCAAUCUCCAUAUACACUGCCCAUCCAAAAAAAAGUUGUACACUAAUUUUUCAUUGGACCGCCUUUAGCUCUGAAUACAUUCACUGUGGCAUUAUUUCAGUAUGCUUCUGCAAUGUCACAGCAUUUAUUUCUGUCCAGAGUUGCAUUCAUUUUCUACCAAGAUCAGGACCGCUGCACAAAAUCUUCAUGAUUCUUUAAGAAAUGAGAAGCUCCUCAUUGCAUCAGCGAGGGUUAAAUAAGUUGUUGCAGCUGAAACAUAUUCAUCACUGCAGUAAUUAUCCAAUGGAAGGCUCUUACAUAUUUGCAUUGUUAAAUCCAAGUGCCAACUUAGUUUUUUGGGACAGGCAGUGUAGUUCUAUUCAAGUCUCAACCAACACUUUUGAGAAGUAUCUCGAUCAAUGUCAGCUAAAUACUGAAAAACAUGUCAGUAUCGCUUUAUCCCAAACAUUGAAAUAUGUGGACUCAUUAUGUGGCUAGAAUAUGCUAUUUGUCAUCAAGGCACAUAUGAUGAAAAUGAUGUACAGUUACAACAGGAAGUUAUAUUUUGACUUCAUUUUGAAUUUCUAUGUACUGUGUCUAUGGCAAUACUAAGUCAGUAUUUGUGGUACAGUGAAAUACAACAUCCAGUUACAUCCUG